AUGCAAACCUAUUUACAAAUCAAUUGAUUUACUAAUAAUAAAUUUUGGGUUGAGCAGUUCUUCAUAUUUAUAUAUAAAAUAUGCAGUUCCUCUGUGACAGAGGUAUGCAUACCUGACAUGGUUUUGAGCUGUGCUUAUGGCACUACAUGAGUCAGUAACCUUAAUGCGAGAGAUGAAGACUGAAGGCUGAUAUUUUUCGAUAACCCCCUUGGGUAG